GGAUUGUCUGGCUCGAAAGUGGGCAUCGGGUCACCAGGUAUGACAGCGGGCAAUGGGUCACCAGGCAUCAGGUCAUUUGGCUUGCCAGCGGGCACCGCGUCAUCUGGCAAGGCAGUGGGCACUGGGUCACCAGGCAUUGGAUCGUCUGGCUCGACAGCGGGCAUCGGGUCAACUGGCCUAAUAGGAUCAUCAGGCUGGAUCAGUUCAUCAGGCUGGAGGCAUCAGGCUGAGUAGAGGCAUCAGGCUGAAUAGAGGCAUCAGGCUGGGUACAGGCAUCAGGCUGGGUACAGGCAUCAGGCUGGGUACAGGCAUACAGGCAUCCAGGUACAGACCUCAGGCUGAAGUGCGGG